AUGUCCUCUUCAAUGGGGCUCACCCCAAUGCCUCCACCGCCCCGACUCAACGGCAACAAUCAACAAAAAGUCACUUUUCUGGGAGCGCAAACAUGGCGCGAAUCGGUGGGAAUGUUUUUGUUGGCCGGUUUGGCGAUCGUCGUUUUCAUUUCAGCCAUGUGCACAGUUUACUACGUCUACCGAAAUCGUCAAACGUACGAGGAGUUGAUCGACUAUAUGGACAAAACAGUGAGUGUUUCGAAGAUCAACUUUCACACUCGAGAAUAUCGAAUCACGCAAAAGGAGCACGAGAUGUUGAAAGAUCAACAAACGUACAAAACGGCUACUUUACUGAUGUUAUUAUCGGAGUGUGGUUGUUACGUUUUCAUCACGGUUGGCAUUGUUCUCUAUUUUUGUGUCGACGUCUCACAUGGGACCGGCCAUGUCCUUUUCUGGUUUCUUCUCGCCGUCACAUUGAUCUACGCUGUCAUCCAAAUCCAUCUAUUCGUUUUCUUCCUCAUUCCCUAUUCGAAUUCGCUACCGAAUGAGACCGAAACUUUGCUCAAUCACGCUAUUCCAUACAAUACAGGAGGUCUUCUACAAAUGGAACAACGAUUUGGGUGCACUUUUGACCUCGACAUUUACAAGAUUCAACGGAGGAGACAAAAUCCACUGAACACAUGCGAUCCCGAUAUCGAAUCCUCGUUCAUCCCAAUGUGGUUAUUGAUUUCAUUGGGCGUUCUCCGUCUAAUCCCUGUCAUUCUUUUCGUCAUUCUCAUCUCUAAACGUACCCCACUUUCCGAGUUUGUCGCCCAAUUCGUCGAGCGUUUCCGACCAACAAAUUUAACCGAAAAAAAGAGACUUUACGUGAAAAAGCAACAUUACAGACAAAGCACUUAUCAAAGUCAGCAAGACUUUGCCAAGACUAAAACGACGACUUUCGGAGCGACAAAUGCUGUCACAGAAUGUAUGCGACCACCGCCCCCCUCACCGGGCAUAGAUCACAGUAUUAGUUACAAUAAUGCAGCCUAUUUCGCGAGAGAGGGUGCUUAUGGAGGGCCGAAUUCGACACGAAGCAGUGAAAUCUCAAGGAUAGACGCCAUCGAUCUCAACAGGGCAUCACACCACAACAGCGGUACAAUCAUGUCAGAUGUU